UAUGGAAGCACUUAAGGCCUGUCUGCCUUGAAAGAGUUAAAGAUGACUAUCCUACAAGAGUGGCUGGUCUGCUGUUAAAUUUUCAGUUUUCCCCUUUUAAACGGCACAUGUUCACUGCUCCUCCUCGCCACGUACCCGCAGAUGACGCCAUCGGACAAGCCGAAAAAAGGAUAUAGGGAAAGGACCUUAGCUUUGUCUGUACAAGGGCUACAUCCCUUGCAGCCUUCUUCAUCAUCUUGUGUGGAAAGUCAUCCUCUGUUCCCCACCUCUGGACCUUCUGCACAUGACGGCAUCAGUCCAGCGCCGAGUCGGGCGCCUGCCAGUAGCCCAGAUGCGUUUGUCGCUCAUCCCCAUGGUGUUUUCUUUGCUUUGUGACGUGAUCAGGACCGAGCGCAGUGGCGUGCAAAGGCCGGCCGCAGCUCACCAAGGGAGAUCACAAGGUUGUCGGAAUUGUCAGGAGUGUUCCCACGACAACGGCUGCACGCGCUGCAAAGAGCACCUCUUCCUCUUUCUGCAGAGGGACGGCAUGUCUCACCACGGAACGUGUCUCCACGCCUGUCCUGUAGGACACUUUGGCCAGAGGGGGCGGGACAUUAACCGCUGCUUAAAGUGCCGCUCAAUGGACUGUGAGCAGUGCUUCAGCAGGGACUUUUGCAUCAAGUGUAAACCGGGCUUCCAGCUCUGCAAAGGCCGAUGUUUGAACCGCUUCCCUGAGGUAACCUCUGCACAACACAAUCACUGUCUCGGAGAGGAACACCCCGCUGAGAGUGAACCAUGGGCUAAAAACGACUGCAACUUGGAUCCCCUGGCUGAGUGGAGCCGCUGGAGCAUCUGCCUGCGAGACGGUGCCCCCUGUGGCUUCCGGUCGGGCCAACAAAUGAGGAUACGGGGCAGUGCAAGACCUGGACCCUCACCCUGCCCGUCACAAAGCCAGACGCGGAAGUGCCGGAUGAAGAAGAGGUGUCCGACAGAGCGAAGAAGGACAAAGGCAAUAGGCUUCGGGAGAAAGCAAGAGAGAAAACGAGUGUGGAUGCUGGCCAACAGUAGCACUGACAGCAAACUGGACAGGAGUGUCCGCAAAGAUGCCUGAUCACAACACACAUUUGUUUAUUAGCUUAGCACGGCUAUAAAGCCAUUGCAGCUGAGUGCUCUCACACUGAAUCUUAGCGUGUGUGUGUGUGCGUGUGGAUGUGUGUGUGCGACAGAGAGAGAGAGAUACGCGUAUGAGGUUUGAGGUACAGCAAGCACAAUUCUUUUUUGUCAUUGAACCCACGUGUAAUAUAAAUGUUAAAUAUGUUGUUGUAACGAGGUGUGCUACUCUCCUACAUCAGCAAUGAGUGUGGUGUGGAAGAACUAGAGAAGGUACGGCAUCUUUGACUUCUGACCUGGACCAGGAGCAGUCAAAGAGGAAGCCGACAGGGCUAGAAAAAAUUGAAGGUCAUCUUUUAUUGCAGCAUAAAAGACGAGACAGACCACGUCAGGACAGCUUGGAGACAUGUCCACAUGGGAAUGCAGAGAUAUAGUUACAAAUAUGAAAAAAUAAAGUCAAUCAAAUAAACCCCA